AUGGAUUCUGCCGCUAGGGACGUUACUCUCCUGAAGGGUGAAAAGGCCGAGUUUCCCAUUCUCUGCGAGACCUGCCUGGGCCCGAAUCCCCUGAUUAGGAUGAUCAAGCACACGUUGGGCAAGGACUGUAAGAUUUGUGAGCGGCCUUUCACCAUCUUCAGGUGGAAGCCCGGUCCCAAGGCCAGAUAUAAGCAGACCAUAAUCUGUCAAACUUGCGCCAAGGUCAAAAACCUAUGUCAAACGUGUCUAUUCGAUCUUAAAUACGGAUUACCAAUACAGGUCAGGGAUAAAUUUUUGGAAAACCCGCUCGAGCUUCCUGACUCGAACAAGAACCUGCUUCAUAAGCUGAAUAACAUCGAAAGCAAUCCCGGCAACUACGCUCCUAGCAUGUCCAGCGAGAACAACCAGCUGCUGGAGCGCAUUGCCAGGGUCGCUCCCUACUACCGCCGCAACAAGCCCAGGAUCUGCACCUUCUGGGUCAGGGGCAUGUGUAACCGCGGCGAGGAGUGUCCUUACUCUCACGAGGAGGACGCUUUCGACCCCAGUCUGUCAAAGCAGUCCAUAAAGAGUCGCUACAAGGGCCAUGAUGACCCUCUCGCGAAGAAGAUACUGGAUAAACUUGAGCAAUCGAUUUCUGCGGAAACUGCUGCUGCCGGUGCUGCUCCUGCUGCUUCCGAGUUUCCUUCAAUGAAUCCUAACGAGGCCAUUAAAAGGAUGGAUUAA